GCCCAGGGUAGAAAGGCCCAAUGCAAAAAAACAGUCCACCACUAAGGCAAAGCAUUGCUCAAGCCGUGCAGCAGCAGCCAGACGCGGAGACGCCAGAGACGGGUUCAGCCUUCAGUCAUCACGCAAGUACGCAACGCAUUACGCAAUUGACGCACUCCGCACUCCCGCACCAGCCAGUACCCCAGCACCGCCGCAUCGCCGGACGUCUCCGAACUCCGGCGCACCGUCUCUCCGUCUACUCUCCAAAUCGUUGGAGACGCACCCUAAGGUGCUCGCUGACUCGCCGUGAGCCUGUGGUGUCGUCUGCUCGUCCGCGGAUUGAUGUCUGCUUGUCUUCUUCUCUUGGUCUCCAGUAUCGACAAAGCCAAUUUGUCAAGGUUACAAGAUUGAGCUGGAUCUGGGAAAGUGCUGAACACUCCAAAUUGGUUACAAGAUUAAUUCAUCUUGUAUUGAUUUUAACUGUUUCGACUGUAACAACAGAAAAAUCAUUUUCUGCAAUGAAACACGUGAAGAAUGAAAUUCGUAACAAAAUGGAAGAUGAAUUUCUUUCCAAUCCUUUGACCAUCUUUAUUGAAUGGAAUUUGCCAACAAAAUUGACAUUGAGUCUGUCAUAGAUGAUUUUGCUAAGGUCAAAGACUGUCAUGUUCAGUUAACAUUUUAGUUUCAAACAUUGUAUGUAUUGUUUAAAAAUAUGACUAGGAAUUUUAAUAGAUUUUAAUCAUUA